AGAGCGACUACUCCGUAGUUGAAACGAAGCCAGCCCAGCAGAACUCGCAACAAUGGCGAAAUCAAAAGCCGUGACCAAGAAGGAGACGACGGUGUCGAAGAAGGAACAUCCCGCCUCAGCAGCAGCAGCACCGCUUACAACCAAAGUCGCAAAUGGCUCGCCCUACCAGCUGGAUCCCGCACAGGUCGAGCGCGCAGCCACGGCGCUCAUCAAGAAUAUGAAGCAGCAUGCGCAGGAGAAGCAGGAGAUAGAGGGCAAGAAGAACCUCCUUGCGGAUGACGAGGAGGAGGCUGAGCAGACCGAUGUUCCCAUCUUCCUCACGCUUGCAACAAAGCAGCACAUCAAGGAAGAGACGAGACUCAAGCCGAGCAAGAUCGCCCUCCCUCACUCCAUACAGCCCGCCGACGUGCGCAUAUGUCUCAUGACGGCCGACCCCCAGCGCCAAUUCAAGGACCUCGUCGCCCACGACUCCUUCCCCGCAGACCUGCGCGCCAAAAUCGGCCGCGUCAUCGGCGUCGAGAAACUCAAGAAGAAGUACAAGACGUACGAGACGAGGCGCCAGCUCCUCGCCGAAUACGACCUGUUCCUCGCAGACGACCGCAUCAUCUCCGAGCUCCCGCACGUGCUGGGAAAGACGUUCAACGCGAACAAGAGUAAGCGGCCGAUUCCCGUCGGUCUGACCAUGCAGCUGCCCAAGGAUAAGGACGGCAAGAGGAAGCGCGUGGUCCGCUCGCCAGACGCCAUCGCGAAGGAGAUCGAAUCGGCCCUCCACUCGACGUACGUGCAUCUUAGCCCGACCGCCACGACGGCCAUCCGCGUCGGCAAGCUGUCGCAACAACCCCAGCAAAUCGUCGAGAACAUCGAGGCUGUUGUCGCCGCUCUCACCGGAAAAUUCGUGCCCCGUGGCUGGCGGAACGUGCGCGCCUUGCACAUCAAGGGCCCCACGACCGUCGCUCUGCCCAUCUGGCUCGCCGACGAACUCUGGGCCGACGAAGCCCAGGUACUCGAGGAGCCGUGGAAACCCGCGAUCAAGGACGCGUCAGCGUCCAAGACGUCGGAGAAGAAGCGGAAGUGGGAGGAGUGGGAGAAGGAGAUUCUCGACGACGAGGAGCUUGCUGAGCGGAGGGAGAGGAGGAGAAGAGAGAAGAAGAGGAAGAGCAAGGAGGAGGGGGAUGCGGCGAAGGUGGUGGCGUCGAUUUCCAAGGAGAGGAGGAAGAAGCUGAAGCAGCAGGCGCUGGAGUCGAUCAAGACGCCGCUGAUCGCGGGGUGAGGGGCUGGCUGCUGUCGAGCAUAGCAUGGCGUUUGAAGGGAUAUAGGAUGGCGUUGGGGCGUAUACCAUUCAGUCCAUAUAGCAGGCAGGGCAUUGGGGAAUGAAAAGGCCAAGGCUGUUUUGCAGGUCAUGAU